AUCUUUAUUAUCAAUACUGACUCGGGAGCCGACCACUGAAAAGGAGGGACCAGAUUCAUAUGAUUAAAUACAUGGCUAUGGGAGAGACUAUCUAUCCACCAUAGGGGUGUUACGUCAGCAAUACUAUUGCAAUGUGCAGUGCAUCUUAUUAGAAACAUCUGUCUAUCAUUCUGCACAAACUUGUUCUGUAUGACUCAAUCACAUCCGUUAUGACAUUUCUUAAAGCAACAGCAACCCAAUAGUGAAUAGCAUAGGUGAAAUCCACUUUCCUGAACACUUGAGUGCCUGAUUGUUUCUGCGUGCAGCAACGUUAUUUUGUUGCAUUGGCAAUAGAACGACAAGUUGCCUUGACUGGCAUGUGCUCUACAAACUUCCUAUUGGAGUCUUUGUGCUGCUGUCAGUGAGGCCUGUGUGUGGAAGGAGGGGAUGAGGCAGUUUUGUCAGUGAGUCACUGAACAUUGCAUGAUAAAAAGAAAGAAUUAUUUCAAAAGAAGGAGAAUACCACACCUCUCUAGAGUUCUCUGCUGUCUCUGGACAGUUCUUCACCACCAUGGCAUUCUCUGGGACGUAUGAGCUUGAAAGUCAAGAGAAUUACGAUGAGUUUCUGGAGGCAAUUGGGUUUUCCAAUGCCAAGACUGACUUCAAAGUGAUAACAGAAGUGCUUCAGGAGGGGGACGAUUUUACCUGGUCACAGAUUAUUCCCAACUGGACCUUGACUAACAAGUUCACCAUUGGAAAGGAGUGUGAGCUAGAGAGCAUGCUACGCACCAAGUUCAUGACCACAGUCACCAUGGAAGGAGGCAAGAUAAUUAUUCCGUUCCCCCAGUAUCAUUUCACUGCGGAGAUCAGUGGGGACAAGCUGAUCAUGCUCUGUACAACCGCUGGGGAGAAGGGUGUGACCCUGAAGAGAAUCAACAAGAGGAUCUGAUAUCAAAAAUGUAACGUGUUGAGGCAGAGCUCUUCUGUGUGUGCUGUUACUGGAAACUUUGUCCCCACUACCUCGUAAACUACCCGUAUGUUACUGUUUCA